GACAAACUCUGGGAAGAUCAAGAGCAUACUUAACAACACAGCAAGCUAUGUAAUUUGAAAGAUUUUUUCUGUGGUUCGUAGGAUUAUGUAAACUCUUUCUUUAGUUUUGCACAGUGAAGCUCUGACAGUCUUCAGUACAAAUCAUUUCAUUAUACAGUAUAAGCAACGAGUCACUUCAAAAGUUUGAAUGCACAUGGGAGUUGUUUCCUCAGAGCGUUAUUCACCCCACACAUCAUUAGUUCAGACUCUGUUGGAAACAUUUACAAUAUAAAACCAUCAACACUGUUUUGGAAAGUGGGUUAUGUUCUUGCAGAGUUAGAGCUAAAGAGCUGAGGCGUAUUGAUGAUAUGAAUAGAGCUAAUUAAUCAUUAUUAUAACAGAGUAUCUAACCUAAACAUUUGUAUCAUUUUUGUCAUAGGACUAAAAUGUGGUUUGUUUAAUUUUACUUUUGGUUUAUGAUUAUUUCUGUGUAUAUAUAAUUAUGAAAUACACCAAUAUUACAACUAUAAAAGAGUUCAUUAUUAUUGGAUUUCCUGGACUUCCUCCUGAAUAUUAUGGUCCAGUGUCUGUUCUUCUUCUUCUUGUUUUCCUUGCUAUUGUAAUUGGAAAUGGUUUCACUAUAGCUGUUAUCAUUUUUGAGCGGACUCUGCACAAACCAAUAUAUGUGAUCUUUUCUAACCUUGCAAUGACAGACAUCUGCUUUGGCGUGGUGACUCUUCCAAAAAUCAUAGCCAGAUACUGGUGGAAUGACAUGAUCACUUCUUUUGGAGCUUGUUUUACACAGAUGUAUUUUGUUCAUUCUUUGGGAGCUAUUCAGUCUUUAAACUUGCUGAUGAUGGCUUUGGAUCGUUUUGUUGCCAUAUGGUUUCCUUUUAAAUAUCCCGUUUUAUUUACAAACAAAGCAGUGGCUAUUGCUUGCACCAUGUGCUGGGUUUUAACAUUUAUACGUUUGCUGGGAAUUGUGCUUCAUGCCUUAACUUUGCCUUACUGUGACCAGAAUAUUAUCAUGCAAUGUUACUGUGAUCAUAUAUCAAUAACAAGGCUGGGUUGUAGUGAUGAGCGGGAAUAUGUGUACAGUGUUGCACUUGCUAAUGCAAUGGUCACUCUGCUGUUUCCUUUAACAUUGAUAAUUUUAUCCUAUUUUUCUGUCAUCAUAGCUGUUCUGAGGAUGUCUCAGACUGAGAGACGUCACAAAGUCCUGUCCACUUGUGCCCCUCAGCUCUUUAUUACCUGCCUUUACUAUGUGCCAAGAUGCUUUGUUUAUCUUGCUAAUGGUGUGGGAUUCAAUUUUAAUCUUGUUAUUCGGAUUAUUAUUACAAUGUUGUACAGCCUAAUACCUGCUGUUGUGAAUCCAAUGAUUUACUGUUUCAAGACUAAAGAAAUAAAAAAUGUUUUGAUGCAGAGAUUCAAAAAAAGAAAAGUGAGCACUGGAUUAAAAACUGACUGUAAAUAAAUUGUUAAUA